UAACACCUCCACCACAGUUCGCGCCCUCCUUCCCAGGGUGUCUGACCGCAGCGCAGCCAACAAUAUAUCCUCGCUUUCAGCUCUUCUUCUACACUUUCUUCAUUGCCGAAGUUCACAUCCAAUCCAAUCCUAUCCAUAUAUCCAGUCCAAGAAGCUCGUUUCUUCAAUCCAAAGCAAGGUCCUGGAUCAAGAAAACCCAGGAGAAACGGUCGAUCGAUCGGGACAUCUCCUAAGCUAAAGAAACCCCGCUUCUAGCCCAGCCAUCGCCAUCCCCGGUCUACGCUCUGUUCUUGCUCGUCCAAGUAGCCAAGAAAUUAACAGAGCAAGAGAGAGAUAAGAAGCUCGUGGGUGAAGUAGCUGAACCAACCGAUCGAGGUAGGGUUUGGUCUUCGGCGGCGAGAAUGCGGCAGAUCUCGUCGAUGCUGCAGGGGCUGGCCCGUUCGAUGUCUCUAGGGAAGGAGAGGAAGGCCGGCGAGGAGAAGGAGGAGGAGGAGCAGGGGACGGUGCUGCGCACGUCGGGGACGCUGUGGGGCGAGGGCUCCGAGACGUUCGCCGCCGUCUGCUCCCGCCGCGGCGAGAAGGGCACCAACCAGGACUGCUCCAUCGUCUGGGAGGGAUUCGGCUGCCAGGACGACUCCAUCUUCUGCGGCAUCUUCGACGGGCACGGCCAGUGGGGCCACUACGUCGCCAAGGCCGUCCGGGACUCGCUGCCACCAUCGCUGCUGUGCCACUGGCAGGAGGCCGUCGCGCUUGCGUCGCUCAUCGACGGUGAGAAGAUGCUCUGCGACUACCAGUUCGACCUCUGGAGGCAGUCCUACCUGGCCGCCGCCGCCGCGGUCGACGAAGAGCUCCGCCGAAGCCGCCGCCUGGACGCAUUCAACAGCGGCUGCACGGCGCUGUCCGUCGUCAAGCAGGGCGACAUGAUGGUGGUGGCCAACGUCGGCGACUCGCGGGCCGUCCUUGGGACCACGUCCGACGACGGAGGCCUCGCCGCCGUCCAGCUCACCGUCGACUUUAAACCCGACCUACCCCACGAGAAGGAGCGCAUCAGGCAAUGCAAGGGCCGCGUGCACAGCCUCGGCGACGAGCCCGGCGUGCACCGGGUGUGGCUGCCCGACCGGGACGCGCCGGGGCUCGCCAUGUCGCGCGCGUUCGGCGACUACUGCGUCAAGGACUACGGCGUGAUCUCGGCGCCGGAGGUGACGCGGCGGCGGAUCACCGCCCGGGACCAGUUCGUCAUCCUCGCCACCGACGGGGUCUGGGACGUGCUCUCUAACGAGGAGGCGGUGCGGGUCGUGGCCGCGACGCCGGACAGAGAGAAGGCGGCGAAGCGCCUGGUCGAGUGCGCCGUGCGCGCGUGGAGGCGCAAGCGGAGGGACGUCGCCGUCGACGACUGCUCCGCGAUCUGCCUCUUCCUCCACUCGCCGGCGUCCUGAACUGAUCGAACAGCUCUGUUGUUCUUGCAUCGUCGUCGGGAAAGAGGAAAUCGCACGCGCAGUUGUGUUCGUGUUGAUCGGUGCCGGCGCGCGACGUCGGCGUCGGAAGAGACUUUAGGCCAGAAGGUCCAGUUUGUCUCAUGACAUGACCGGGACGUUGCAGGAUUGGUCUGGAUCACCGGAAAGUCUCCGGUAUUCACACACUCGCCAAAAUGUGCGAGAAUCAACGACAGCCACUAGCAUAAAGCAGAAGGAUACAAGAGACAUUUUUUCGUCACUUUAUUGUCUGUGUGUGUCCUGCUUGUAGAAAUGUAAGUAAAUUAUCAUAUGAGUUAACAGAAAUAAACAGUAGAUGAAAUCAAAAGUAUGAAUUAAA